UUUUUUUUUUUUGAUUUUUGCAUAUUUCAUAAUGUCUGAUAAUAAUUCUUCUUUAGACAAUGCACUACCAUUCUUAGAUCAAAAUGAAAAUCAUCAAAUAGCAGCUGUUCUAGUGGUUGGAUUUCAUCAUGCUUUUGGUCCGAUAGUAGAGUUUUGUGUGCCUCCUUUACCUCACCAUCAAGACAAUAAGAAAAUGCAACAAACUUUAGAAAAAUUAGAAUUACCUGAGGAAUGGAGUUUUUUACCCUUUCUUGCUUUACCUGAUGGAGCACAUCAAAAAGACGAAGAUUUUGCAUAUUUUCAUUUACCACCUGUACCAGGCUGGUCAGUUGCAGAAACAACAUUAUUUGGUAUUUCUUGUAAUCGACAAAUUGCUUCUAAAGAUCUGUUAGUCAAAACUCCUGAUGUAACUAGAUCGAUUGUACAAAAAGCUGUUGUUGUGUUGGCACGACAACCAAUUUUUGGACCUUUAAGACAAAAACUUGCUGUCAUCACUGCUGCCUGGUUUAAUCAAAAAGAUUUCACCAAACUUGACAUUUUAUAUAAUCUUUAUAAUAACUUGAAUCAUACUUUCUAUGGACCUAUUGAUGAUUCAACAUUAUAUAUGGGAACAUCUUUACGGGAAUUAAUACACAAAUUCAAGUCAAAGACACUCAUGUUACUAAAAUUAUUAUUACUUGAAAAAAGAAUCUUGUUUUAUGGCUAUCCAGUAGAAAGGCUUUGUACAUUUCAAUAUUCAUUAAUAUCACUUGUACCAGAAUUAUUAAGGAAUUUACAAGAUUCAGGAACACCAGAAUUAGAUUCAUCAGAUAAAAAUAAAACAACAAUUGAAGCAAAAGUAUUAUCAGAUGGAAGUAAAUCAAGUUUAUUAAAAUAUAUGGGUUUACCUCUUCAUAUUUUUGAAAAGGGAUCAUUUUUUCAACCUUAUUUACCUUUACAACAAAUUGAAAUGUUAUCAUCAGAACAAACAAAAUCGUAUAUCGUUGGCACAACAAAUCAAAUCUUUUUUCAUCAUAAGAGUGAUAUUAAAAUUGAUGUGUUAGUGAAUGUAGAGAAUGGUACUUUAGAAUUCUAUAAUCCUCAACUUGUUCAACUUGUGAGUCCAACUAUAGCAGAUCGUAGAUGGAUAGAAAACAUGGUUAAAGUAUUAAAUGAUACAUGGAAUCAAAACGAUCCUGGUAGACCACUACAAAAUACUUAUCUUGGAUCAGAUGAUUAUUUAAGAGCAAGAUUUGAAGAAUAUAUGUUAUCCCUAUUAUCUAGUAUUAAAUAUGCGCAAGCACAUCAUCUUAUUGAUCAUGCACAUUAUAAAAAUAUGCUGGAUUUAGAUCAUCAAACUGAACAUGAAGAGACUAUUAUGACAGAUGAAAGUGAAGCACAUAAUUAUUUAUCAGAUUAUGGAAUGAAAUGGUUAACAGCUUGGUGGGACACACAUAAUUUCAAGAAAUGGAAUCAAUAUACAGAUCAUGAAAUAUAUGAAAUAGUAGAACCUGGUCAUCCUGGUAUGGGCAAUAUAUCUAUUAUAGAUUUACAAAAUACCUUAUCAAAUCGAUUACGUGAUUUACAACUUAAACAAAAUCUGGCGCCUAUUCGAAAUACAUUAUCUAGAGCUAUGACAGGUAGUGUUAAAGCAGUAUCUAAUGGUAAAUCAAAAUUAAAUGCUAUUUGGAAUGAUUUGGAAAAGAGUUCAGAUGAAGCAAAUCCAUCUUCACAUUCUAGUUAUCAAUCUGAUAAAUCUAUCUUGGAACCAUCAUUUUCGCCUUUGUUAGAAACAACAACACAACAUGCUGGAAGAAUAUUUUCAAACUUUUCAUCAUUCCUAAGUCGAAAGACAAAAGAAUUUUCACAAGCAAUGGAGGAAUCUAUAUCUGAAAACAAAAACAAUACUACUAGCGGCCAUAGACAAGUAUCUCACGAUCAUGAUGUAUCAACACAAGAAACCGUUUCUGUUUCAGAUAAUGAUGAUGAUUCUGGUUCUGCUGCCUUUGUAGAUGUAGCUCGAAUGUAUCCUUUUAGUGCUUCCAAAAUUGAUAAAAAGAAGGAAGAAAAGAUUCUUCAUAUUUAAAAAAUGGAAGAGAAAGUGUUAGUUUUUUUUUUCUUUUUGUAAGACAAUCAUCUCUAUGUACAGCCAUUGAAUACAACAUGCAUGCAUGUAUAUCAUUCUAUCAAUAAAUUAGCAUACUCUAAUAUCAUAAAAUACUUUGACACGUAUAUUGUAUCCAAAUAAGAAGAAUAAAAAAAAAAGGAAAAAAAUAAACCUUAUUUUCUGUUAUAUCUGUUGCUAUUAUAAACCUUAUUGUUCCGUAUAUUUAUAUAAAAGGACUCUAUAUAUGCACUCACUCACUCUCACUCUCACUCUC